UCGCGGCUGUAGAUCCUCUAAACAUGUGGGAUGAACUCCGAUUUUGAAGCUUGAACCAUUAUCUGGGCGCGUGCUCCACACCCAGCGCCGCUUGGGGUUGGCAUGUGACGGCGCCGCUUGAGGGGAACGCACCACACGCGUGGCGCGAGCUCGCCACGCGCCCGCCACCUCGGCCGACACGGCUCCUCCACCCGUCCACCGCAGGGCUGCCAAGCUCGUAUCCUCGUCGUCAAAAAGCGGCUACGAAGGAGAAGAGGGAGGUAGGUGCCAUCUGCCAUGUCGACGACGGCGCACAAGGUGGCGACGCAGGCGGCGUCGGCGACGGGGGCGAGAAUGAAGGGCCGGCGGCCGCCGAGCGUGGUGAGGGAGAUCGUGUACGGGAUGAGCCUGGGGCUCCUCGCGGGGUACCUGUGGAAGCUUCACCACUGGAGCAACCAGCGCCGCACCCGCGAGUUCUACAGCCUGCUCGACGAGGGCAGGAUCACCGUCGUCGUCGACGAGCCGGCCGGAGCCAAGGAGUAGCACUAUCCAUUGUUUCACCAACCUACUAGCAGAGCGGUUGGAUUGCUCGCGGCGCACUUUCGGCAGCAGGGACGAGGAUGGCUGAUUCUAAGACACCAUGAUUGUAAGGUAGGACAGGCAAUGGAGAAUGUCAGUCAGGGUCUUCGUAUGUUUCCUCCUUGUUAUCAUUGGCUUUCAUUCCGUUUCUUCUCUGCACAAGAGACAACAGCAAAAAGGGAAACACACUUGAAACUAACUGUUGUGUCACUCAGCUGAUGAUGCCCGCUUGCCCAGGAGUAGUUUCUUCCUAUGUA